UGUUGCAUGUUGCAAAUCUAAUGAACAUGAAACCCUCCUCCUGCAGCUCAGAGUGCUUUGGUCUCUGAGUUUCUGCAAACUGUUCCUAUUUUUUAAAUGAAUCACGUGGUUUCAGGAAGUGACCAUAAAAGAAACGACAGAUUCACAGAGACAACCCUUCAGCCUCAUUUCAUCAUCCAGCUCUUUACUCUCUGCUCGCUCCUCAGAGCCUCAGCAGAAACUAAGGAUGGCAGUUUGGGACAAACAGCUUCUGUGGAGCUUCAUGUUCCUGCUGGCAGGUGCUGUGGGUCAAACUGUGAUCUAUCCUUUCACGUCUACCUGUGCUGUCAGAGGGUCCACUGUCACCCUCCCCUGCACCUUCACACCUCUGAAGUCUUUCAGUGAUGGUGGGAGAGAAGUUCUAAAGAUCGUCAGAGUCCGCUGGUGUAAGAACCAUGCACUCUGUCAGGGCAGCACUCCAUCUGUGUAUGACAGUAACUCAACAAACAUCGAUCCUCGUUAUCAAUAUCUGGGAGACAAGAAGACAAACUGCACUUUACAGAUCAGAGAUGUUCAGCAGAGAGACAAAGGAAGCUUUCGCUUCAGGAUGGAAGCUGAUCAUCGUGAAGGACAUUUUACUAACCUGACAGGAGUGAAUGUCAUGGUUGUUGAUUCGUCUAAAAUGAGAAUAAUCAGCUCCAGUGAUGAUAAAAAGGUGAGCAGAGGUGAAACCGUCACACUGCUCUGUGCUUCAGUCUGCACUUUCCACCAACUGGAGGUCACCUGGUUCAAAGAUGGCCACGCCCUCUCAGACACUGGC